GCCGCAGUUCCCGGCUCCCGCGGGGAGGAGGCCGCAGCGGGCUGUGAACCUUCCGACGGCGUAGCCAGGCGGAUUUGCGGUCGGGCGGCCUUCGGGGCGCCCAUGGGGAGGCCCCCGCUGCCGCCCAUGGCGGAAAUGCCUCGCGAGGGAGCGGGGAUGUGAAGGGGUAGGGGGUGGUGGUAGCCGGAGCUGGGCGGGAGGUGGCUGGCUGCUAUGGCAGGCCGCGGCCCCGGCUCCUCGGAGCACCUGGAGCGGCUGCACGAGAUCUUCCGGGGGUUGCAUGGAGACCUGCGGGGCGUCCCCGAGCGGCUGCGGGGCAGCGCGGCCGAGGAGAAGAAAAAAAUGGUUCGAGAGUUUGAUGAGAAACGGCGUGAAGCAAAUGAAACGCUACGGGAAAUGGAGGAAGAGCUGAAGUUUGCUCCUCUGCCAUUCCGCAACCAAAUGAUGAGCAAAAUCCGGGCGUACAGGAGAGACCUCUCCAUGUUCCAGAGAGAGAUGAGAAGCACAGACUUGGGACUGGGCCCUGGAAGUCAAGGAGAUAUGAGAUACGGAAUCUUCUCCACAGAAAAUGAACAGAGUACUAAUCUGCAGUCACAGAGAGUGCUGCUGCUCCAGGGAACGGACAGCCUGAACAGGGCCACUCAGAGCAUUGAGCGCUCACACCGAAUUGCCGCUGAAACAGAUCAGAUUGGCACUGAUAUAAUCGAAGAACUUGGGGAGCAGCGGGAGCAACUGGAACGCACCAGGAGCAGAUUGGUGAAUACAAGUGAGAACUUGAGCAGGAGCCGCAAGAUUCUACGUUCCAUGUCCAGGAGAAUAGCCACUAAUAAGUUGUUGCUGUCCAUCAUCAUCAUCCUGGAGCUGGCCAUCUUAGGCGGGCUGGUCUACUACAAGUUCUUUCGCAGCAGAUGAAUCUUCAUGACUGAGAUGAGCUCUUCCUCCAUUGGGGAACCAGCAGGGCUGUCUGUUCCCUUUGACUGUCUGAGGACUGAACUGUCUUGUGAACUUGUUCACCUGAAACUGUACUGACACUAGAAAGACAGAGAAUGGGAGUAAAAAGCAGAGACAGACUUGAACUACUGGUAAGACCAAUAAGAAGGUAAUAAAUAUUUUAUUGUCUCAAUUUGCAUAUACUUAACUAAAUGAAUAAAUCUUGGUAUGUAAUAAAGUAGCCACCAA